UUCAUAUUUUCUUUUACAUAUAUCCUGGAUCAGUACAAAGCUGAUUUACCACCUUCUUCAAAGAACUUCGCUAAACUGGAAUCCCUGUGACUUGAGACCAAUCUUCAUCUCGUGUAGAAGCUCUGUUUUUGGAGAAGAGGAAACAAUGAUGUAGCCUGACCUGCAACAUCAUCAGAAAAUACUGGGACAACGUUUCAAUUGCUCAAGACUUAUUACACAACCAUUUUCUCUGAUUCCUUACAGUGAUCACCAUCAGUGCAAUCUGCAAACAAAAUUAAGGCCCUAUGGAAAUGACUGUUGAGGUUGGCAGCAGCAGAAGAACCGUCAUAUUCAUAUUUUUCUACUUUUCUAUGAAACUCAUAACAUCAGAUGGAAUGGUUAAAGAUGAUGUGCACUCCAGCUUUGUCAAGUGGCGGCUACAGAACCCUGAACGCAGAGAGAUGCAGAGAGAGAUUUUAUCUAUUUUAGGCUUGCCCCAUAGACCAAGACCUUACUUGCAUGAGAAGAAGACCUCUGCACCAAUAUUCAUGAUGAAUCUCUACAAUUCAAUAAGUAUCAAUGAAGAGAGAAAAGAUAAUUUUCAGUACUUCAAUUUUUUUACCAAGUAUGAUCCUUCCCUUGUCCAUCUUCAUGAAAACCACUUUCUUGCUGAUGCAGAUUUUGUCAUGAGUUUUGUUAACCUAAUGGAGAAUGACACCAAAUUCUGUCACCAGUGCUACAGCAAAGAGUUUAGGUUUGAUCUUGCUGAUGUUCCAGUUGGAGAGCAAAUGAUGGCAGCUGAGUUGCGCAUAUAUAAAGAUCCAACCAACCAUAAUGAAACCUACCGGAUCAGCAUCUACCAAGUGCUUCGGGAACAUACUAGUCGGCUGUUAAAGCUGGACAGCCAAUUAAUCCAGCCAGGUGAAGAAAGUGGAUGGUUGACAUUUGACAUUACUGCAUCAAGCAAUGAUUGGGUAGUUAAUCCUCAGGACAACCUUGGACUACAAAUGAGAAUAGAAACUCUGGGGAGGAAAAGUGUUAAACCUCAAUCAGUGGGUCUAGUUGACAGAAAUGGACCACAGGAGAAGCAGCCAUUUAUGGUCGCAUUUUUUAAAACUGCAACAAUUCACCUACGUAAUAUUCGUUCUGUGAGCAGUAAACAUAGAAACCAAGAUAAAAAGGCAGUAAAGGAAAAAAACGUUCCAUUAGUCAAUAUUACAGAGAGCUUUAUGGGUAGCAGCCCUAGUAAUAGUGGGCACCGAUUCUUAAAACAGGCCUGCAAAAAGCAUGAACUGUAUGUGAGUUUUCGUGACCUUGGCUGGCAAGAUUGGAUAAUCGCCCCAGAAGGAUAUGCCGCUUACUACUGUGAAGGAGAAUGUGCUUUUCCACUCAACUCUUACAUGAAUGCCACUAAUCACGCAAUUGUUCAGACCUUGGUUCACUUCAUUAAUCCUGAAACUGUUCCAAAGCCAUGUUGUGUCCCUAAAGAACUUCAGGGAAUCUCUGUCUUGUAUUUUGACGACAGUUCCAAUGUUAUAUUAAAGAAGUAUAGAAACAUGGUGGUGGGAUCAUGUGGCUGCCACUAGAAUCACAGAUGAUGCAACUAAAACCUGGAAUCUGAAACUUGAUUUCAUGUUUUAUUUUUUAAGAGCCACUGCAUGUUUAUAUGGAAUUGUUUUCCUUAGACUUGGUAUUUUAUGAUGAAGAACAAAGCAACAUUAUGUUGUUUUUUUUUUUUAUAGAAACAACCUUUCAUAAGUUUUUUAUCAAAUGCAAUAUUACAGUGUUAAAUUCUGUAACUCAUAAAUGUAUAGUCGUGUUUAAAGGUUUAAUCAUGGUGAUCUGUCUUUUAUUGUAUAGAAAAUAAAAUAUCAUACCACACAUGAAAUAAAAAUGCACAAUUUCCAUGCAUCUUACCUCUAUUAUUGACAGAGCAGUCUCACUCUAAUCGAUUGUAUGUCUGCAAAUCCUGAUAUCCAUAUAGAACAUAUGUGUAACUAAUUCAAUUCCAAGGCAUAGCAGUCUUAAAGCACAAAGUUUGAACGCUCUUUAACAGAUUAGGAUGGGACCAGAAUUUAAACCACAUCAUGAUUAUUUAGGUCCUUUUAAGAAAUGUGUGAUUUUGGUUUAUUUUAUGUUUUAAUAAUUGUAAAUGGUGAUUGUCAAUCACUGGAUACAGCUUUGAUUUACAGUAGCAGAGCAUUAAACCCUUAAAAUGAAACUAAAUAUACUUUUUUGCAAAAAUAAUCCACACGCAUACACAAUUUUACCUUUUACAAAAAAUAAAAUAAAUUGCAUUGCUUUAAAGCA